GCUGGUCAUCUGGCGACACACAGGAAGUGUGCCUGCCUUUAAGUUGGGCUCCCUGUCAGGAAAAAAGCUGAGCUCCGAGAAACCCAGGCAGGGAAGGCCUUCACCUCGUCCGUCAUUCACUGGUGUCUCAGCUCUGGAGUCAGGGAGCCAAGGAGCGCCUACUGGACCCAGAGAAAUGGGGUGGCCUACCCUGUGGACUCUCUGGACACUACUCUGUCUUGGCCCUUCCCGAGCCCUGGGCCAGGGGGAAGGUGCCUGUCCAGAGGUCAGCAUUGUAGGUCUGGGGGCCCAGGACAAGAUGGCUAUCAUCCGAGGUUGCCCUGGUUUUCCUGGCCCACCGGGGCCCAAAGGGGAUCGUGGCAGCCCUGCUGAGAAAGGAGAGAGAGGCUUCCAAGGCAGUCCAGGGAAGAUGGGGCCCGCUGGCAGCAAAGGAGAGCCAGGAUCCACAGGGGCCCCGGGAGUCAAAGGGCAGAAAGGCGACACCAGAGCGGCACUAUUGCUGGGUGAGAAGGGGCUAGGAGACGCCCUGUGCCAGAGAGGGCCCCGGAGCUGCAAAGACAUGCUGGCACGGGGGACCUUCCUGACUGGCUGGUACACCAUCUAUCUUCCUGACUGCCGGCCACUGACCGUGCUCUGUGACAUGGAUGUGGAUGGUGGGGGCUGGACUGUUUUUCAACGACGAGUGGACGGCUCCGUCGACUUCUUCCGAGACUGGGACUCCUACAAAAGAGGCUUCGGCAACCUGGGCACGGAGUUCUGGUUGGGCAAUGACUACUUGCACCUGCUCACAGCCAAUGGGAGCCAAGACCUCCGGGUCGACUUCCGAGAUUUCCAAGGUCAAACUUCCUAUGCCAAGUAUAGCUCCUUCCGGGUGUCUGGAGAACAGGAGAAAUACAAGCUGACACUAGGGCAGUUUCUUGGGGGCACUGCAGGAGACUCCCUGACAAGCCACAGCAGCAUGCCAUUCACAACCCAUGACCAGGAUAACGAUGAUGCAAGCAACGUGAAUUGUGCAACUUCGUACCAUGGGGCCUGGUGGUACAAUAGCUGCCACAGCUCCAACCUCAAUGGCCGUUACUUGAACGGCUCCCACGCGAGCUACGCGGAUGGCAUCAACUGGAUGACAGGCCAAGGCUACCACUACUCCUACAAGGUCGCUGAGAUGAAGAUCCGGGCAUCCUAAGGCGCCCCUGCUUCCGGCCCUAUAGCUAUGUCCAGGCCAGGUGUGGACCCUGAAGCAAGGGAUCAUAAGAUGGUGUCUGUUGUGUGCUCUCUACACUCCCCUCUGGACAGUGUCCAGCAUGUGACCAGUGAGCACAAAUAAAAGUCAAAGAAGCCGAAA